AUGUCGGACCCUAAACUCAGCUCUACCACCCUAGAGGGCUCUAGCAUCCUCAACGCGACUGUCGAAGCCGACGGAGAAGCCCCCGUGUCGGGGUCCUUUGACCUGAACCAGUUCAUCGGCAAUGUCAACGGGGCCUUCUCGUGGGGCGGUACCAACUUCAGCGAGGGUGCACAGAACGUCCACCUCAGCGGCGACGGACAGAUGCUCGAGGCGGACCUCCCGGACAGCAACGGCGAGCUCGCGCAUUCCGUCAUCAACCUCAGGCACGAGUUCGCCGACAUCGACGGCAACCCGGCGCUCAAGGCCGUCUUCGAGGUGCCCCAUAGCACCGCGCACGCCCUCGCCAGCCACAACGACCAGGCGGACCAGGCGGUCGCCGGCGCCGUAGACACGCUGGCGGAUGACACCACGGUCAUGAAGAUCGUCACGGUCGAGGGGGAUGCGUCGACAUACUGGCCUAAGGAUGUUGAGAAUGCCCCUGCACCGUUUUUCUGGACUUUCCUUAAGAUAGAGGUCUGGGCGGGCACCCGCAACUAUGGCAAGAGUAGUGGCGGUAGCUGUAUUAUAUUGUGA